AUGACGAGAUCUCCAAGCCCCAACAGACCGCCACGGCCGCGAUCACCAGCUCCCGCCUCUAAAGAAACCCGCGACUCUGGUUCUCGCGACGACCGCGCGACCACCUCUGACCGAUCCAACCGCCCGCGCGACCACUCGCCGCGUGGAGAUCAUGGCCGAGAUCGCGACCGAGACUACGACCGCCGUGACAGGAGGCGCUCGCCUAGAUCGCGCUCGCCUCCGCGACGGCCCAAGGGCUCGGGCGGCUUCCGGUGGAAGGACGAGCGCUCCAAGAACGACCGCCAACCUCGCGACCGCCGCGACCGUUCGCCGCGCCGUCACCGAGACCGCUCGCGGGAUCGCGAUCGCGACCGCGGUCAGAGGAGGGACGAUCGAGAUCCCAGGGGUCCGAGGAAAGACCAGGAAUCGAAGCCGAAAUCCAAGCCUGCGCCUGCGCCUGCCGCUGGCGGCGGAGAGGAGAUGAUUGUCGUACACGUCAACGACCGGUUGGGCACCAAGGCUGCGAUCCCAUGCCUCCCCUCGGACACGGUCGGUCAGCUGAAGAUUAUGGUUGCCGCGAGGAUCGGACGCGAGCCGGGCCAGAUCAUUCUCAAGCGGCAGAGCGAGCGGCCCUUCAAGGACAUGAUCUGUCUUGCGGAUUACGGCAUUUCGAACGGGGUGCAGCUUGACCUGGAAGUCGACACUCGCGAUUGA